UUUAAGUAGUUUGUCAUGAGGAACCACAUUUCCACUCGAGUCUUUGGAGAGCUUCUGUAUCUGAAAGCAAAGCGGUGGAAAGAUCCCAAAGGAGAAAUGGCUUCAGACAAGAAGGUCUUUACUUUCGAUGAAGUUUCACAGCACAACAAACGCGAUGAUUGUUGGCUUAUUAUCUCGGGCAAGGUGUAUGAUGUGACCCCAUUCAUGGAUGUUCAUCCUGGAGGCGAUGAUGUCUUGUUUGCCUUAGCAGGGAAAGAUGCUACUAUUGACUUUGAAGACGUUGGUCACAGCGAGGACGCAAGAGAACUUAUGAAGGAGUACUACAUUGGAGAGAUCGACUCGUCUACUACUGUUCCAGCUACAAGGACAUACGUUGCACCGGUGCAACCCACUAACAACCAAGACAAGACACCACGAUUCAUCAUCAAGAUUCUUCAGUUCCUUUUUCCAAUCUUGAUCUUGGGUCUCGCUCUCUUUGUCCGUCAAUAUACCAAGAAAGAGUAGAAGCAAAGGCUUUGCAUAACUCUUUCUGAGUUAUCUUUCCUUUUGUUUUCGCCUAAACUUCAUCUGUCCCCUUAAAGGGUGGGCGAUUCUUAUUGAAACUACUACGAAUAAAUAAUCAAUGUGUUGCUGGUCUUGUCAUAGUUUAUCAUCAUCUGGUUUGUUGUCAUUGCUGAUUGUGAUGUCUUGUUCUUUUCAUUAGUACUACAAUAAACAUGC